AUGUCUACUAGAGUGAAGCUGGGCUAUCGCUGGCUAGGUCCUUUUCGAGUAGCUAGAGUUGUUCCGAAUAAGAGGACUUAUUUUCUUAAGGAAUUAGAUAGGACGAGGUUAAAUGGAACCUUCGCUAGUCGAAGGUUAAAAAUCUUUAGGAAAAGAGAGGGAGUCUGGGAUCCGGUAGAAAUUGAAGGCUCUGUAUUUGAGAAGGCAACGGAGUUAGUAGAACUAGGGCUAGAAGCUAAAGAAGAGGAGGAAUUCGAAGAGAUUAGGAAUAAAACGGCCAAGAUAGACGAGGAAGAAAAGGAUAGGGAAUUAUAG